AUGCAUCAUGUAAUGCAAAUGUACGAUGCAGAAUUUACAGACGCCCAGUUAUUAGAUCACGGAAUUUCCGUAGACGACACAGGUGUUAUCGCUAUUGUAGAGUCCGGUACAAUGUUCGUCGGUGGGCACUUCGUGGUCCCUCUGCCAUGGAAGAAGGGUGUCAAUACCGGUACGGGGAACUAUGCGUCAGCGCACUCGAGAUUGAACAACCUGAAGCGGCGCUUAAUUAAUGAAGAUUCGCUACGGUUCCGCUACGCACAAACGAUGAAGACGAUUAUAGAGAAGGGAUAUGCCGUGCCCAGGGGAACAGUUACAAUGCGACUUUCAUCCGCGUUAGUACCUGCCCUAUCANCUAUCAUGCGGUAUUAA